AUGAGGGGCUAUCACAUCCGCAUCGUCUUGAGCCCUCCUGCCGUUACUUCAGUAUCCCCGUCACCGACAACAUCGACGUCCUAUAAGAAAUUCUCCAGCGUUCUCAACGAAUCUCAGACUUUCAUCCCCAUCUCUCUCUUUCAAUCGCUCCCUGCGCACUCGCAGCGCUUUGCUUCUCGGAGGAACACGCUAUCGGUGUACAGCAGCUCGUCAUUGUCCCAAAGCCAAGACAUCUCUCACAAAGAUUAUCGCCUCGGUCCUAUCCGCGUCGAUUGGGUCGACUUCACCGACAUGGAGAGUGGAUUUGUGACUGUAGGGUCCGGGAAGGAGCGUGAACCAGCCAAAGCGACGUUCGUACCUCACAACAACGCGCACCACAAGUCUGGUUCAACUAAUCUACCUGAAGGCGUUGUGCACAUCUUCCGGGAAUACUCGAAGCCGUCGAACGAAAUGUCCAAGAAUGGAUCCUAUGCUACCGCGGUCGCUGUCUCGACACGUCCUGAUGACUCCAGAACUACAAUCCAGCCGGCGAUAGAGUCAGACGACCUGACCCUUGCCGUGCUUGCGGUUCCUUCAUGGAUGACACCUUCGGACUUUCUCACUUUCGUGUCCCCAGCUGCGGAUGGCAUCGCUCAUCUACGAAUGAUCAGGGACUCGGCUCCGAAUAGGUCGAUCGUCGUCAUGAAAUUCCGGGAGACGUCUCACGCGGUAGAGUUUGCAGAGGAAUACAAUGGGAAGCAAUUCAAUUCACUGGAGCCAGAGGCUUGUCAUGUCGUUCGUGUGCUCUCGGUCGCAGUAGAAGUCGAUGACCACGUCUCACAAAACAUCUCUCGCCUAUCGUCCACACGAGUCUCCGGAACAUACGAGUUGCCGACUUGCCCUGUCUGCCUCGAACGCAUGGAUGCGGCGGUCACGGGGCUGGUCACGGUACCCUGUUCGCAUACUUUCCAUUGCGCUUGUCUCAGUAAAUGGGGCGACAGCAGGUGUCCGGUUUGCCGAUACUCUCAAACGUUGCUCUCGUCCCAUCCUACCUCCUCUAGUACUUCGCGGAUGACGCGCCCAAUCCCAUUUUCUUCGGCUUCAUCUCCCAACGAGCGCACACACUGUGUUGAUUGCGGAAGCACUACAAACUUGUGGAUCUGUCUCAUCUGCGGUAACAUCGGCUGCGGUCGAUACGGCCGAGCGCACGCGCACGCGCACUACGUCUCAACGACCCAUCUGUAUGCCCUUGAACUGGAGACGCAGAGAGUCUGGGACUACGCCGGAGAUGGAUAUGUUCACCGACUGAUACAAAACAAAGCUGACGGCAAGCUCGUUGAGCUUCCAUCGGCUGCUGCGGCCGUCGGAGCGCGUAGCGAAGGUGCAGGCGGAGGGCCUACAGCUGCGGACGCACUCUCAGCCGAGAAAAUAGAGGCGAUUGGUAUAGAGUAUUCGUACCUCCUCACCUCUCAGCUUGACUCGCAGCGGACCUUUUAUGAGGAACAAACCACGGAACUGCGCAAACAGCUAGAUGCUAUGCGUACCCUUGUAGAACAACUCAGCGCCGAAGUCGAAUCAACGCGAUCGAGAGCGCGAGAAGACCAGGAGCAGCGGGCCCGUCAGGACGAUGCGCGUAUUCUGGAGCUAGAACGGGAGAGAGCUAAGGCGGACAAACGUGCGGAGAAAGCAUCCGAGCUUGCUCGAACCCUGGCGAGGGAGCUGAGAGAAGAACGAGCGGUCAGCGAAGGGCUGAUGAAGAACCUUGCGAAGGCGAAGGAGCAGGCUGAGGCUGCCUCACGGGAGACAGCGGAAUUACGGGAAAAGGUGCAGGAACUUCAGGACCAGGUUCGAGAUGUGAUGUUCUUCUUGGACGCGAAGAGUAGGAUUGAUAGGGGGGAUGAUGCAGUUGCUGAGGCUGCAGGGGGUACUAUUGAGUUGUCCCAGCCCACACUGGAUAAGCGGAAGAAGGCUCAGUCGUAG